AAAAUAUCAGGCUUUUAAAUGCUUUUAGGAAAGAUCAUUUUUAAUCAGAAACAAAAGGAACAUGGAACCAGUAACUAAUCAGAACAUCCUCAGCAUAUCGCAAUGUGUGUGGGCUAAUAUGGCUACCUCCAGAAGGAGUAAGUUUGUUGGGUAAGUACAGGUUGAGUAUCUCUCAGGAACAGUGCGUUUGGUGUUUGAUUGAAGCCUGUUGAAACACACUUGAUGCCCACUGCAUCUUGUGCAGAAAGGUACUCAUAUUAGGAACUUUGGGUAUAACAGCAUAAGGGUUGAAUGGGAAGUCAGAAAAAUAUUGAACAUACUAGCUGACUUCCCUUUGCAUGCUUUAUACUUUUUCUUUUUUUGCUAAUAUUGACAAGAAAACAUUAAAAAAAUGAUUCAUAUAUAAUCAGAAACUCUCUUCUACAUUAAGUUGUAUGGGAUUGUUACCUGUAAACAGUAUUAUAUAUUUAUACUCAGCUGUUUUGUGCGCUGACUAAAAGAAAGCUUGGUUACACUAACCAUAAUUAGGAUUCAAUUAACCGGACCACUGUGGGCCCUAAAAUAAAGUGUUUUCAUGUUUAUGUAGGUUUAUUACUCCAUCCUACUGCGUACACUUUGGAAGUCAUUUUGUAUAAAAAUAAAUUUCCGUUUAUUUUAUUACUUUGAUGCUGAAUGAAAGAUAGCUAAUGUGAAAUAACAUCGUGGGGUAUGUUCUCUCUUGCAGUGACCUAGGUUGCUUGCCGUAGUUGAGAAACUGAAGAAAGUCAAAUAGAGGAGGUUUGUCGUAAGGACAAGUGCUGUUGCUGCUACUGAGCUUAUACUUGUGUAAGUUUAGAGGAGAUUACAUGCAGUUCUAUAAAAACCCUAAAACGUAUACGGCGUUAUUACUUUUUCAUAUUGUCUUUAAAGUUUUCAACUAUUUUACCAAACAAUGUGUGGGAUUCCAUGUAACGUUUAUGAUCGUCCCCAUUAAAUGCAGAACCCUGUUAAAUAUAAAAUUAAAAUCGCAAAAAUGGCUGCUUCCAUCCUAGAGGUGUCAUACGGGGCCUACAGCAUACAAUGAUUUGUGACGGUUUAACGCUAACUCAGUAAUAUGAUGCUGUAGCGGCACGCUCACUAGCCGUUGCGCGCAAAUGAUGACGCAGAGUAGCGGCAGAGACGAUCAGCAUCGCUGGUUUUGGACGUGCCGCUGCGUUCGCCUAUGCACAGCCACAAACAUACAUUCAGUUAUGUAGUCUCUCAGUGUAGCAUUAAAUUCUGAAGCGGGCGAAAUGGCAGCAUUUCUGAAUUGUUUAGAAUCGCAUACCGGCUAAUCUUGUUCUCGUUGAGGAUACGAUCGUUAGAAACCGGCCGGGAGAUGGACGGGAGUACUGCGGAAACCGUGGAUGACGGGAGGACGAGUGAGGAAGCGGCCACCGACCGCUGCCUGCAGCUUGACCUGGGGGACACCGAUUCAGCCAAGAGGGCUCAGAUAACAGAGAUGCCGUCCCCAUUCGGAGUGGGCCCUGCCCAUGAGAAAAAAAUUGGUCACAGGAGGGUAGACGCCUCUGGAGAGACAACAUACAAGAAGACAACCUCCUCUGCCUUGCAAGGGGCCAUCCAGCUGGGUAUUGGAUAUACUGUUGGCAACCUCAGCUCCAAGCCAGAGAGAGAUGUGCUGAUGCAGGACUUCUAUGUGGUGGAAAGCAUCUUCUUCCCCAGUGAAGGCAGUAACCUCACUCCAGCCCACCACUACCCAGAUUUCAGGUUUAAAACCUAUGCCCCUGUGGCCUUCCGCUACUUCCGAGAGCUGUUUGGGAUCCGACCAGAUGACUACCUGUAUUCUCUGUGUAAUGAGCCAUUGAUUGAGCUGACAAAUCCAGGAGCGAGUGGCUCCAUAUUCUACGUUACCAGUGAUGACGACUUCAUCAUCAAAACUGUUCAGCACAAAGAGGCAGAGUUUCUCCAGAAACUCCUUCCUGGAUACUACAUGAACUUGAACCAGAACCCCCGGACUUUGCUGCCAAAGUUUUUUGGCCUCUACUGCGUCCAGUGUGGGGGAAAGAACAUCAGAGUUGUUGUGAUGAACAAUAUUUUACCACGCUCGGUACGCAUGCACCUCAAGUUUGACCUGAAGGGCUCUACAUACAAGAGGCGAGCAUCCAAGAAGGAAAGAGAAAAGUCCAAACCUACGUUUAAGGACCUGGACUUUCUGAGUGACGUUCCUGAAGGCCUCACUCUGGACCAGGACACAUACAGUGCUCUGGUCAAAACUCUACAGAGAGACUGUCUGGUCCUAGAAAGUUUUAAAAUCAUGGACUACAGUCUGUUGCUGGGGAUCCACAACAAGAGCCAAGCAGAACGAGAGCGUCAGUCUCAGGGCUCACCUGCAGGAGGCGGAGAUGAAAAGAGGCGUGCAGCUCAGAGAGCCUUGUACUCCACUGCGAUGGAGUCUAUACAGGGAGGCUCCACAUGCAGGGACACACUGGACCACGAUGACACUAUGGGUGGUAUCCCAGCUGUGGGUGGUAAAGGAGAGCGCCUCCUGCUGUUCAUUGGAAUCAUUGACAUCCUGCAAUCCUACAGACUGAUUAAGAAACUGGAGCACUCUUGGAAGUCCCUCAUCCAUGACGGGGACACAGUGUCCGUUCACAGACCAGGUUUCUAUGCUGAGAGGUUCUACAAAUUCUGUAGCACCAUUGUGUUCAAGAAGAGCUGCUCGUUGAGAUCGUCCCCAUCUAAGAGAGGUCGAGGGGCUCUGUCCAUGUCCAAGUCCAGUGCUGGAACAGGUUCUACUGGGCAGCGUCCCUCCUUGAGUGAUGAGAGGCAGGAAAACCUGGACAACCUGGAGAACCUGCGAGGAGCUCGCAGCUUUCCAAUGCUGGAAGACAACGGGAGAGAACCACCGUGUACUCCUCCUUCCUUUGAAGAUGCCACCACAGCUUCUAUCUCCACCACGCUCUCCUCUAACAACUCCUUACCCACCACCCCCUUCGAUACACCAGAGCACCCACGCUAUAGGAGACAAAUGCAUUCUCCCAGUGUGGCCAGGUCACAGAAAGUUGAGAUUCAUGGGGAAAAGCAGGACACCAUAACAGUGGAGGUGGAGCUCAGUAAAAUCCCAAAGACCACAGAGCUCACACAGUUGACAGAAAAGACUUCCCCCAACCAUCUGUCACCUGAUCAUCGGCCCCAUGUCAUCACUUCAUCCACCCAUCACUCUGUUAGUCCUUCCUCAGCGUAUUCCUCCACCACACUUCCUCCUUCCUUUGCAUCUUCUUCCUUUGCUGCUCAGUCAGCUGGCCAGGCGUCCUCCACCAUCCGUCCUUCCACCAAACCGCUCACCUCUCCUACAGCUGCUCAGUCUUCCACGCUGUCUUCUCCAGUCCCUCUUUCAGGGGCACAAUCCUCUGUGCUCACUUUAGCUCAAAACACCUCCACCCUCCCUCCUGCCUCAGCAUUUACUCCCAUUUGCCCUGCAUCUCCUCACCGUUCCUCUCACCAGCUCCCCUCGACCCCUCCCUCCUCCCAGCCUCCAAGCCCCCAGGUGCCUCAGCAGGCGCUACGUCCAUCAUGCAAUCAGCUGUCUGUGUCCAGUAGCCACAACUCGUUGGAUGGGGAGGUGCCAGUGUCUGACAUCUACUUUUAUGCAGAUGGCAGAUAUUGGGUGUACUCUCCAGUUCUUGGCCGUCGUAAGCUAAACUCUAGCUCAAGUUACAAUCAGAAUCAGGAGGAUCGGAGCUGGGUGUACUCUCCUCUGCACUACGGCUCCAGAAGGGGCUCCGAUGGGGAGAGUGAGACAUAACUCAGUGGAGACAAUAGUGAUGGGUGGAACUGGUGCCAGCUGUCUCAGUAUACAGAAGCUGUGAUGUUCUGAUAAUAAAGCCACCAGGACACUAUGAGAAUUAAUGUUGAUUGCCCAAACUGCAUGUGGAAGCUUGCUUUGCCAGCAGAGACUAAAGGAAUGAUCUCAUUAAAGCACUUAAGUAUACAACAGUACAAUCGUGCAUACAUCACAUGAAUUCAAACACACCUACAGACACACAAUUAUCAAAAUAUGAAAAAAAAAUCAGAAAGUUCAUCAGUUCCUGGACAAUCUUGCAGACAUGACACAAAGAAAUAAGUUUAAAUUACCCUCAGCUGAGAGGCACUGUGAAGGGUUUUGGUGGUUGCCUGCUGUAGAUAAGUUUAUAGUGUUCAUGAGUCACACUGCACUGUGCCAGCUCUGGCUAUGCAAUAUGGAUAUACACAUUAUUGAUUUCUCUUUUUGAUUAAUUCCACUACAGCUGCUUCAGAGUUUAUUCAUGCAUUUAUUUUUCACUAGGGGCAUGUCAAAGCUGUGUAAAAUGUUAUUUUUUAGCACUUUAUCAACGUACAUGUGGGUCCAGUCUUAUGAGGCCCUCCAUGUUUUGUUAUUUUGUCAUAUUUUGUCGUUGUUUGAAAACACUCAGACUCACUUAAUGCUUCUGCUUGCUGUGUAUUCACGGUGUUCUCUUUCUCCACUGGUGUGCAGUGGUCCACCUAUGAAACCUUGAUCUGACAAUGAAUGGCUGUGUUCAAAAUGCCUUACUGACAAACUCUUUUUCAUAACUGUUUUUGAUAUGUUGGUCACAUGUAAUCAUUUGAAAGGAACCUCAAGAACAUAACCACAUAGAGCAUUUUACUAUGACUAAAUACCAAAUAUUUGAAGCAGAGUUAAAACAAUAGAGCAACAAGGCAUUUAUAUCUCAUUUGGAUUGAGAACCAACAGAUUAAGAGCAAAACAAAAGGAAGAAAAUGAGAAAGAAAAAAGAAAAUCAAAAUAUCUUUUGUAAUGUGCAGAUAAACGUGUGUGUUCUUAAACACAUCUUAGUCUGAAUGUGCCCUCUUGUCUCUGUCUCUGCAUGUUUGCAUGCAUAUUGAUGUGUGAUUGGGAGACACGUGAGUGGAAGAGACUUCUGUCCUGCCUACUUGUCAAACUGUCAGAAAGUGUGAUGUCCUUUGUUGUUAUAGGCCAUGAAAGUCUGAACCAGUUAUAAGCAUGCUGGCUGUAUAGAAAUAAAAUAUACCCCAUUAUUGUCUUUAACAACACUGGAUCAGCAAAUUCAACAAACCAAGCCAAACUGAAGGAACCUCAAUUUUGUACACAGUUUGGUAAGAAAAUAAAUCUACUGGCACAGGCAGAACCUUCCUUCUUCCAAUCAUGGUAAUGUUGUUGCAUCAAGAUUGACUUCCUGUGUCAGUAAGCACUACAGUAACAUACCGCUGAAUUAUUGAGUCUGCUAAAGCUAACCUGCCUGUUUGUAGGCAACAGUGUUUGUAGCUGAUCACUGUGUAAAAGAAAAUAAAGAUUAUAU